AUUGCUGGGGCUCCGCCGCGGGGAGGAGGACGCUGAGGAGGCGCGGAGUCGCGCAGCGCUGCGGGGGAGGCGCCCGCGCCGACGCGGGGCCCAUGGCCAGGACCACCAGCCAGCUGUAUGACACCGUUCCUAUCCAGUCCAGCGUGGUGUUAUGUUCUUGCCCGUCCCCAUCAAUGGUGAGGACCCAGACUGAGUCCGGCUCUGCCCCUGGCAUUCCCAGCGGUGGCAGCAGACAGGGCUCCACCAUGGACAGCACCGCGGCUGAGUCCCGAUCGAGCGCAAACUCGCUGCAGCACACCACACAGCCACCGCCACAGCCUCGGAAGAAACGGCCUGAAGACUUCAAAUUUGGGAAAAUUCUUGGUGAAGGCUCUUUUUCAACAGUUGUCCUGGCCCGAGAAUUGGCGACCUCAAGGGAAUAUGCUAUUAAAAUUCUAGAGAAACGUCACAUUAUCAAAGAGAACAAGGUCCCGUAUGUAACCAGAGAGAGAGAUGUGAUGUCACGCCUGGAUCAUCCGUUCUUUGUUAAACUUUACUUCACAUUUCAGGAUGAUGAAAAGCUGUACUUUGGUCUUAGUUAUGCCAAAAAUGGAGAACUACUUAAAUACAUUCGCAAAAUUGGCUCAUUCGAUGAGACAUGCACCCGCUUUUACACGGCCGAGAUGGUGUCGGCUCUGGAGUACUUGCAUGGCAAGGGCAUCAUUCACAGGGAUCUGAAACCGGAAAACAUUUUGCUAAAUGAAGACAUGCAUAUCCAGAUCACAGAUUUUGGGACAGCGAAAGUAUUAUCUCCGGAGAGUAAGCAAGCCAGGGCCAACUCGUUUGUAGGAACAGCCCAGUAUGUGUCUCCAGAGCUGCUCACAGAGAAAUCGGCCUGUAAAAGUUCGGACCUUUGGGCGCUUGGAUGCAUCAUAUAUCAGCUCGUGGCAGGACUGCCGCCUUUUCGCGCGGGAAAUGAAUAUCUUAUAUUUCAGAAGAUCAUUAAGCUGGAAUAUGACUUUCCCGAAAAAUUCUUCCCUAAAGCAAGAGACCUUGUGGAAAAACUUUUGGUUUUAGAUGCCACGAAGCGAUUAGGCUGUGAGGAAAUGGGAGGCUAUGGGCCUCUGCAAGCUCACCCGUUCUUUGAGUCCAUCUCGUGGGAGAACCUGCAGCACCAGACGCCUCCGAAGCUCACUGCUUACCUGCCGGCCAUGUCAGAAGACGACGAGGACUGCUACGGGAAUUACGACAACCUCCUGAGCCAGUUUGGCUGCAUGCAAGUGUCCACGUCCUCGUCAUCACACUGCCUGCCCGCCUCGGACGCAGGCCCGCCGCCAAUGGCGGGUAGCAACAUCGAGCAGUACAUCCACGACCUGGACACGAAUUCUUUUGAGCUGGACCUCCAGUUUUCCCAAGACGAGAAGAGGCUGCUGCUGGAGAAGCAGGCCAGUGGCAAUCCUUGCAGCCCCCCCGACGUCUGAAGGGGCUGAAGAGGAGGUCCUGCCUGUCAGAGAGGGAGCGGUCCACCCGCAGACCUGGGCGGGACUGCAGGAGCUGCAGCGUACUCACAGGGAUCUGCCUUCCACUGGGUGUCUCUGAACAGAACGUUUGGCAUCCCAUCACGGUGCCAGUGAGGCUGCAGCAUCAGAGGCCCGUCAUUCAGAGUUUGAACGCUAAAGGAAUUCCAUGUUGUAAUUGUACAUGACACGAGGAGCUUUUUCAGAGCCAGGCAGUAUCACAUUACAGAGAAGUCACAUUGUCCAGGCUGGAGAAAUGCACACAAAAGCUGGGAGACCAAGGAGCCUUGGGCUGUGGAUGCUACUGGGUGACAGUGGGAUGAAGACGCUCGGUGCUGCCCCAGGCCGUGGCGCGGUAGCUCACGGGGUUAAGGAGAUGGCUGCAGACACAAGGAGUGAGUUGGCAUCCCUCCCGCCGAGUUGUGUUUUUGCUUUACACGUGGAUGACUCCCCAGAUACUGCUCGAAUUGCAAGCGUUAAGCCAGGCACUGGCUUUGAGCCUGUGAGCCCAGAUUCGCAUAUUUAGGAAGAGACAAGCAAACUGUGAUCCGUGCACAUGGAUGAAAACCAGACGCUCGUGGUUAAUCACACUGAGGCACUGAGUCUCUCCAGCUUGGGAGCCGGAAGGCCUAGUCCUUCCCAUCUUUCUGGAAGUCCCACAAGGUAUCCGCUGAGCUGAGCAGCCUCAUCAUCCUUCAGCUUCUCAUUGAUCUCCACAGCCACGCGUCGCGGGGAGGGAAGAAACCUGCCUCACUUACAAGUAGUCGUGUUAAAACUCCUGAUUUGUCAGUAGUGUGAAUAACGGAGUGGGAAGUGUGCAGGAAGGACCUCUGCCGCCAACUCAGCUGGGAGCCGCCUCGAGCUGAGCCCGCACGUGAUGGCUGGCACUGGGGGUGGGAUCUGCUGCUCGUGCCAUGAAGACCGUGUCACUACAGAGUUUUACUGGCAGACGAUGGUUAUUCGAAUUCGGCCGUUUGGCCCAUUUUUCUGGGAAAUGAGCAGAAUGAGCCUGUCCUUUAAAGACAGACAGCUGCCAGUGUUUCUUACCAGUGAUAAAAUCAAAGUUAGAGAUUUGGGAAACACUCCGUCACUGUGAGCUUGACAUCUUCCCAGUACUUAAAGACUUUUUUUGAGGAGAAUAGGGAGUGAUGGUCAUAUGUUGGAUUUGUCAGCACUGUGGAGUCUGCGUAACCCAGCAAGCCACCACUUUUCAGGCGAGUGCUGUGUGAUGCUGUAAAAUCACAGAAGGGCUGCAGAGCCGUCCAGAGUGCCAGGGACACUGCUGAGUUCCGAUGCCGCAGAGUGUGAAACGCCCAUUGUUGGGGACGCAGCUUCCAUGUGGCAAGGACCUUGAAGGAGCCACCCUGGUUGAGUGGCUUCAGCCGGGACAGCCGGGACACCGUGCGCAGGCAGAGGCAGCAGGAGCCCCCCCACCCCCCACCCCCACUCUCCACGUGAAGCCAUACGCUAAGGAGAUUUGCUAAAUGUGCAGAAGGCUCCUGCUUCACGUUAACUAUCUUCGCUUUGGAAAAAAAUUACCCUUAAA